AUGCCUCGUCUUGAUCUACUUAUUUUUGGUGCAACAGGAUUUACUGGUAAAUAUAUUGUCGAAGAGUUAGCUCGUAAAAGUCACCAACAACAAAAAAUAAAAUGGGGUGUUGCUGGACGGUCGUUGUUGAAAUUAAAAGAAGUUCUAGAUGAAAUAACAAAAACCACCGAUCUUAGUGCCGUUGAAACAGUGGCAGCUGAUGUCAAUAAUACCGAAUCAGUGACAAAAAUGUGCCAAAAAACAAUUGUAUUAAUUAAUUGUGUUGGACCAUAUCGUCUUUAUGGUGAGCCAGUUGUACAAGCAUGCUUAAAUGCAAAAACCAAUUAUAUUGAUGUAUCUGGUGAACCUCAGUUUUUGGAAACAAUUCAAUUGAAAUAUAAUGAUAAAGCAGAAAAAGAAGGUGUUGCUAUUGUUGGAAGUUGUGGAUUUGAUUCGGUUAUAGCUGAUAUGGGUGUGGAAACAAUACGUAGAGAAUACGAAGCAAAAAACGCUGAUAUUGGUUAUAUAGAAAGCUUUUUGAGUGUGAAAGCUGGACUUGCGAAUACUGCACUAAACUAUGCCACUUGGGAAUCAGCCGUUUACGGUUUAACAUAUGCAAAUGAAUUGAAACCAUUAAGAAAAAAGUUGUUUCCACAACAACUACUUUAUACAAAAUAUAAACGAGAGCGCGGUCCAGUGUUUCCAACAACGUUCGCCAACCAAAAACGUUGGUGUGUUCCAUUUCUAGGUAGUGAUAAGUCGGUUGUACAACGAACACAGUAUUUUAAUUCUGUAAAAUUGAACAAAAAACCGUGCGAACAGUCAUCAUUUCAAAUGCGGUUUGUCACACGUGGUUGGAAACAACAUUUGAAUGAAGAACACACAACAGAACCAGAUCUUGGAAGUGUUCAUGAAUUCAUUGGAAUCGAUCCGGCUUAUAUUGGUACAUCAAAAAUCGUAUUAGCAUGUGCACUAACGUUGCGUGAAGAAAAAGAUCGUUUACCAUUAAAGUUUGUAAACGAGACAGUAUGGAAAAAUAUAAACUUUCGUUAUUCUCGUUACAUUUCAGCGGUGGUGUACUUACUCCUGCUGCAGCGUUUUCGUCGACAACACUAA